GGAGAGGGAGGAGAGUCCGCGCUGAGCGGAGGGAGGCGCGCGCCCAGCGAACACCCACUCGCAUCCGAGCGCAGGGAGGCAGCAGCUGAGACAGCACCAGGUCUGAGCCGCUGCAUCCCGCCCAGUCAGUCUCCGCCCGUCGGCUUCGGCUUCGGGGCUCCAAAGGAUGGAGGAUUCCCAGGAGACAUCGCCGUCCUCCAACAACUCCUCUGAAGAGCUCAGUUCUGCCCUGCAGCUGUCCAAGGGCAUGUCCAUCUUCCUCGACAUACUGAGGAGAGCUGACAAAAAUGAUGAUGGAAAAUUGUCCUUCGAGGAAUUUAAAGCAUAUUUUGCAGAUGGAGUUCUCAGUGGAGAAGAACUACAUGAACUCUUCCACACCAUUGACACACACAAUACCAACAAUCUUGACACAGAAGAACUGUGUGAAUAUUUUUCUCAGCACUUGGGUGAAUAUGAGAAUGUACUGGCUGCGCUUGAAGACCUGAAUCUCUCCAUCCUGAAGGCAAUGGGCAAAACAAAGAAAGACUACCAAGAAGCCUCCAACUUGGAACAAUUUGUCACUCGAUUUCUGUUGAAGGAGACCUUAAAUCAGUUGCAGUCUCUCCAGAACUCUUUGGAAUGUGCCAUGGAAACUACUGAGGAGCAAACCCGUCAAGAAAGGCAAGGCCCAGCCAAACCGGAAGUCCUGUCUAUUCAGUGGCCUGGAAAGCGAUCCAGCCGCCGUGUGCAGAGACACAACAGCUUUUCCCCCAACAGCCCGCAGUUCAAUGUUAGCAGUCCAGCGUUGUUAGAAGAAGACAACCAGUGGAUGACCCAGAUAAACAGACUCCAGAAAUUAAUUGAUAGACUGGAAAAGAAGGAUCUGAAACUUGAGCCCUUGGAAGAAGAAGUUAUUGAAGAGAGCACUAAACCUCACAUCAUGCUUGUGCAGCGCCAGAUGUCCGUGACAGAAGAUGACCUGGAAGAGUUCCAGCUUGCUCUGAAACACUACGUGGAGAGCGCCUCAGCCCAAAGUGGGUGCCUGCGCAUCUCUAUACAGAAGCUUUCAAAUGAAUCUCGCUACAUGAUUUAUGAAUUCUGGGAGAACAGCAGUGUGUGGAAUCGCCACCUUCAGACAAACUACAGCAAGACCUUCCAAAGAAGCAACGUGGAUUUCUUGGAGACUCCAGAGCUCACAUCUACUAUGCUAGUUCCUGCUUCAUGGUGGAUCCUGAACAACAAUUAGAUGUCCCUACACAUUGUCUUCAUUGUUCCAAGUACAAGCGUUGUUAUCUAAAAUUCAAACUGGAAAGUUCUCUGUGGUUGUCAAUUGGCUGCACACUUUUGUUCAAGGUGUUUACUAUAAGUAUACUAUUCUGAAGUGUGUUCUGUAACUAUUUUCAAAGUUUAUUGUUACUCUUGAUAAUUGAUGCUAAUUGAUUUGCUACAUUGUAAUCAAAAUUAUAACAAAAUCCUAAUAUAUAAAAAUGGUAUAUAAAUUAAGUAAUGAAAUUGUGAGAAUUAAGACAAAAAAAAAAGCUAAGUGAGAACUUCUAGAGCAUUGUAUCAUAGGCCAGGGUUUGCAAACUGGCAUAUGCUCUAAAGAAUCACAUCCAUGCUUUGUGACUUUUUCAUUAACACAUUCUUCUUCAAUAAGGUCCACAUGCUCAUCACGUGGUCCUCCAACUAUUCUCUUUAUAAUUCCUUUAACAUUAACAUAAAUGCACUCAACAACCUUGGCUGUAGCCUGUAGACGCUCUGUCCGUGAGUCAUGUUGUAAAGUGGCUGUAGCCUGUAGACGCUCUGUCCAUGUGUCAUGUUGUAAAGUGGCUGUAGCCUGUAGACGCUCUGUCCGUGAGUCAUGUUGUAAAGUGGUAUUUUGCAAGUGAACACUCUGUAGUAACUUAGAGCAUUUACUAAUGUGAUACCUUUGCUUGUAUGACUCUCAUAUAUAAGUUAAACAUUAUUGAGCAAACAUUGGAGAAAUUAAAGUUUAUGGCAGAUGGCUUUGAUAUAUGAUCCAAAUAGCUAACUAUUUUUAUGAAAAAUGGACACUUGCAUUUAAAUGAAUAUUUUCAAAUUCAGUACUUUAAGUCUAAAAUUUCAACUCAACUGAAUAAAGAAAUUUAAAAUAAGCACAAAACUUUAGUACUGAAUAUACCUAUUUUAUAUACUUCUCUAAGAUAACAACUACACAGCUUAUCUACUCAAGAAUUCUAUAACUCUUGUUAUAGACUCUGCUAUGAAAAUACACAUGGAACUAUUACCAUGUUAUUCUCUCAUACAAAUGCCUUUGAAACUCUGUGUCUUAAGGGAAAAAGACAUGCAAAAUACUAUGGUAUUUUUAACAGUUGGAAAACUUAAGUAAAGACAAGGCUUGAAUGAAAGUUUCAUUUCAUAAAUAUGAGACUCAAUCUGGAAUAUUAUCUCAAAUAAUUUAUGGGACAUUGAUUUAUUGAAUGCUUUUGUAUAAUUUCAGUACUUAACAAUCUAUGUAAAUUUUCAUAGUUUCUGUUAGACCAAAUGAGCAAAUUUCUAUACACACGCACGCACACACACACACACACACACACACACACACACACACACACACACACUGCAUAUGUAUAUUCCUCAAGCACUAUGAAACAAUGCCUGGCUCAACACUUUUGGUAUAGAUAUGCAAGGCAAAAACAUUAAUGGAGUUUUUUAUGCAAUGAUUGUUGAGACAAAAAUUAUACAUUUGUGUGAAAGGCAAAGAGACAGCAGGGGAGUUUUUGUGGUCUCACUGUGAUUACACACUGUAAAGUUCUGAAACCCAGGGGUCUUUCAACAUACAAAUGCUUCUUGGAAAUGCUGGUUAUAAAUGAUUUCAAAAUACAAAUUACAACCAAACCAAACAUUGUCUUAGCUGGCCCACUUUAUAUUCAACCCCAAAAUCCUACCAAGUGUAUUGCAUAUAAGGUAGUUCCCAAAGUGGCAUAGUAGUAUAACUGAAGAGGGUCUGCCCAGCAACAGAGUUUGGAGAAAGGCCCUCUGCUUACAAAUUGGAAUGAAUUUUGUAAAUAUAUUAAACUAGAAUCAAAAGGACUUGAGAAAAAAGCAAAUAAUUAACCAAUUUAACUCUAUGGUAAAUCUUAGCUACUAUUUAUGUGUUUUUAAGUAUGUGUAUGUGUAUAUGAAUAUGUAUGGAAACACAUGCAUACAGACACUGGAUCCCAAGACAAAAGGAAACAAUAGGAGGCAACACACCCACUAUUCCAUAGUAUAAAUAUCUCAUUUUCAAACAAACAAUGCAUUUAUGCUAAAUGAACAGGAGUCUUUUUUUUUCUACUGAAAAACAAUUCUUUCUCUGAGGAGCAAAGCAAUGCAAAAGAAGCUACUAAAAGAGCCAGCUGGGAAAUCUACUGCGGCAGAGGUGCUGGCUUUAGUACUUCACACUCAGGAGAAACAAGGUUUCUGUGGCUAGUGACCUCGAGUGACUUCCCAGUGGCCCCAAACACAAGUGUGAAGGACUGGGUUUGUGCUUACCUUUCUGUCUGCAGUAUUCCUGAAACUUAGUGCACUAAAUUCCUAGGAAUUAAAAGUUUAUGCAUCAAAAUUCUUCAUCCAUAUAUAUUCUUAUUAUGAGAAAUUACAGAAUUGAAACUUAAUGUACCUCAAUUAUUUGCAAAUUCCUGCAUUUGUCCUCCUUUAGAAGCAAUCUCAAUUUUAUUUUCCAACUGCUUGACUCUUAAUCAUAUAAUCUUAUGAGUGCCAUUAAGUAUCAGCUGCUUUUCAACUUCAGUUUCAUUAACUAUCAUUGUUUUCAAAAUGUUUAUCUCUACUAGUAGUUAUGGAUCUAAGACCAUGUUAUUAAGAACAUAUAGAACAAUCAAUCAUAUAUUUGAAAUGUCUAUCAGAAAGUCUCCUCCCCUCUUCCACCCCCAUUGAUAACUGCUUUGAACACCCUGAAUCAUUCUGAGCCUCUGGAGACAUCCUAAUGACCUGUUCAGGGCUGGUAUGAAAUCAGUGGGGAAAAAGGGACAUUGACUUUACAGGGAACAAAAAUUAUGUACCACAUAUACAUCAUAGCAAAUACUUUAUAUUUGAGAAUCUUUACAGCUUACAUUUCCAUUCCAUUAUUACAAGUGAUGAAAAACAAGAAUUGCAAGUAGCAUGCAAAUUAUAAUACAGUCUUCCCACUUCGCCAACAACAUCCCCACUUUUGAGUGUUACUUUCCAAUUUUUGCAGGAACUGCCUGCAAAGCUGAAACUGAUUAGAAAAAUUCUUUAUAGUUUAAAAUAUCUCUUUCUCAUUUUAUGAGAAGCCAAAUAGCCAACCAUCAAAAGUAAAAAUAAAUUGAAUCGUCACAGUCCAUUAGUUAUUGUUACUAGGUCCACUUCAUUUGCAGGUGUCCAAAAUAUAAAAUGAAUAAUUCUUUAUCUUCAAAUUCAUCUGUUCUUAAAAUGCUACUUAUAACUUUGGUUGUUUUCCUGUAAUAUAGAAGAAAGAUAAUGUAUCAAUUAGACUAACUGAAAACAGUUCUCACAAAUUAGCUUAUUCAAUCAAAUACUAUGAAUCUACUUCUAUGUAAAUGCAUGUUACUAUAGAAACAAAGUAACUGGAACUAUCAAAUACAUUUGUGUUUCAAUAAACUUAUGUAAUCCAUUUUUAAAUAUGGUAAAUUGUACUCUAAGUCUGUUGUUCUGUUCCUGUGGUACCUAGUUUUAUAAAUGCUGUUAAUGCAUAAAACAAAAGUAAGCAAUUCUAAUGUAUAUUUAUCCAAAAUAAGUUUGUCAAGCUUUUAUUAACAAAAUAAAGUGUUAAUAAAUUA